AUGCUCACCACACUCGCUCGUGCCAGUGCCUUGCUUCUCGGAGCGCGGGGUUUUGCCUCUGCCGCCGACCUUGACAAGAAGGUCGAGAUGACCAACUGGGAAAAGGGUAACUACAUCAACUACAAGUAUAUGGCUGAGAACCUUGACAUUGUGCGCGCCCGUCUCAACCGCCCUCUCACCUUUGCCGAGAAGAUUCUCUACUCCCAUCUUGACGACCCCCAUGGCCAGGAGAUCGAGCGUGGAAAGUCCUACCUCAAGCUCCGCCCAGACCGUGUCGCCUGCCAGGACGCCACCGCUCAGAUGGCCAUCCUCCAGUUCAUGUCCGCCGGUAUGCCUUCCGUCGCAACUCCUGCCACCGUCCACUGUGACCACUUAAUUGAGGCCCAGCUUGGCGGCGACAAGGAUCUUGCCCGUGCCAACGAGAUCAACAAGGAAGUUUACGACUUCCUGUCCACCUCUUGUGCCAAGUACAACAUUGGUUUCUGGAAGCCCGGUUCUGGUAUCAUCCACCAGAUCUUGCUUGAGAACUACUGCUUCCCCGGCGCCUUGAUGAUCGGUACCGACUCUCACACUCCUAACGGUGGUGGUCUUGGUAUGGCUGCUAUCGGCGUCGGUGGUGCCGACGCUGUCGAUGUCAUGGCUGGUCUCCCUUGGGAAUUGAAGGCUCCUAACGUCAUCGGUGUCAAGCUUACCGGCCAAUUGUCCGGCUGGACCGCUCCAAAGGAUAUCAUCCUCAAGGUCGCCGGUAUCCUCACUGUUAAGGGUGGUACUGGUGCCAUUAUUGAAUACCACGGUGAAGGUGUCAACUCCCUCUCCUGCACCGGAAUGGGUACUAUCUGUAACAUGGGUGCUGAAAUUGGUGCCACCACUUCCGUCUUCCCCUUCAACGACCGCAUGUACGACUACCUCAAGGCUACCAAGCGUCAGGCCAUCGGUGACUUCUCUCGCGUUUACGCUGAGGGACUCCGCCCUGACGAGAACGCCCAGUAUGACCAGCUCAUCGAGAUCAACCUCAGCGAGCUAGAACCCCAUAUCAACGGCCCCUUCACUCCCGAUCUUGCUACCCCCAUUUCUAAGUUCAAGGAAGCCGUCAAGGCUAACAACUGGCCCUCUGAGCUCAAGGUCGGUCUUAUUGGAUCUUGCACCAAUUCUUCCUAUGAGGAUAUGUCCCGUGCCGCAUCCAUUGCUCGUGAUGCCCUGAACCACGGCAUCAAGGCCAAGUCCCUCUUCACCGUGACUCCUGGAUCCGAGCAGAUUCGCGCCACCAUCGAGCGUGAUGGUCAGCUCAAGACCCUUGAGGAGUUCGGUGGUGUUAUCCUUGCUAACGCCUGUGGUCCUUGCAUCGGCCAAUGGGACCGUAAGGACGUCAAGAAGAACGAGGCCAACUCAAUCAUCUCCUCGUACAACCGUAACUUCACUGGCCGUAACGAUGCUAACCCUGCUACCCACGCCUUCGUCACCUCCCCCGACCUCGUUGUCGCCCUCACCAUCGCCGGAACCCUAAACUUCAACCCUUUGACCGAUAAGCUAAAGGACAAGGACGGAAACGAGUUCAUGCUCUCUCCACCAACCGGUGCCGGUCUGCCUGCUGAUGGCUACGACCCAGGCCGUGAUACCUACCAGGCUCCCCCAGCUGACCGUGCUUCCAUCAACGUGGCCGUCAGCCCAACCAGUGACCGUCUCCAGAUCCUCGAGCCAUUCAAGCCUUGGAACGGAAAGGAUGCCACUGACAUUCCAAUUCUCAUCAAGUGUGAGGGCAAGACCACCACCGACCACAUCUCCAUGGCCGGCCCCUGGCUCAAGUACCGUGGACAUCUCGACAACAUCUCCAACAACCUCCUCAUUGGCGCUGUCAAUGCUGAGAACGGUGAGCGCAACAGUAUUAAGAACUUCAAGACCGGUGAAUACGACUCCGUCCCCGCCACUGCCCGUGACUACAAGGCCCGCGGCAUCCCAUGGGUUGUCAUCGGUGACUGGAACUACGGUGAGGGUUCUUCCCGUGAACACGCCGCCCUUCAGCCCCGCCACCUCGGUGGUCUGGCCAUCAUCACCCGUUCCUUCGCCCGUAUCCAUGAGACCAACCUUAAGAAGCAAGGAAUGCUUCCACUCACCUUCAUCGACCCCGCCGACUACGACCGCAUUCCACCAACCGCCACUGUUGACUUGAUGUGCACUGAGCUUGCUGUCGGCAAGCCCAUGACUCUCCGCGUUCACCCCAAGGACGGUGCUACUUUCGACGUCAAGCUUGCCCACACCUUCAACGAGAGCCAAAUUGAAUGGUUCAAGAACGGAAGCGCCUUGAACACCAUGGCCAAGAAGGCACAGUAA